AUGGAUUACUCACAGGAUCAAUCCGCACAAAACACGCGUCACGUCGCAGGAACGCGCCGCUAUCGCUCCAAGUCUCAAAGACCAUGCGACUUAUGCCGCACUCGUAAAGUGCUCUGUAACAUCCCUGACCCUACGCGACCAUGUCAGCUCUGUGAUCGCAUUGGAAGGGAAUGCACCUUUGUUGGAAACCCAAAUAAGAAGCCCAGGGAUAGGCGUGUCCGUAGAGGGGUUGAUGUUGAGGCCCUGCAAUCCCCGAGUGCUAUUCUUGCUGCCCAGACUGGGACGUCUUUUGAGGCUCAAUCAUACCAUGGCAAUGGCGACUUAGACGGUGAGGCGGUUCUGUCUCUUGAUGAAAGCCAGGCUGACUGCGAUGAAAUGAAAGAGACUCAAACCCCCGUCAAUGAGACUGGUUCCGGUAUAACGCCUAUCGCUGACAUGUUAUCUCAGCCCAUCCUCUCUGAUGAAACCGACAUCAACUGGGAUCUAACAUUCAACCACCAAGACCAAGCCUUUGACUUUCUUACCAACGGCGAGUUACCCACUUUGGACUAUGUAAACGAGCAGACACCGCCCGAGCUUCGCAAUAUUGCACAUUCACCAAACAUAACAAUCACAGCGCAGGCUUCGACUGAUCAAUCCAUACCCGUUGAGAGAUUAUCCAUGGAUCAAACAGCAGACUGCUCAACGUCACUUAUUGGUUUCUCCAAUGAAUCGGAUCCCUUUUCACUUGAUCAUUUUCCAUACGGAUCCAAUGACGAAGUCGACUUUUUCCGCGUCACGUAUCGUAGACAAGAGCAACAAGAUCAUGGACUAACGAUUCACUUCCUGCAGAGUCAAACUGCGACAGCCGUCGAAGGGCAAAGGGUUAUAGAAAAGUGCAUAUCCCCGCUUGAUGACAGGAAAUUCGUCUUCAAAUCCCUACCCAUUUUGAGUAGCUCUCAAGUCUUUCCAGAUCUGGAUGCCUUUGUUUCAACAGCAUCAACGGGCUUACUAGCAGGAAUAUACGCCCUCGCCCUUCCCUUCACAUCAUGGGACGAAAAGCUGUGUCUUGAUAGCGCGUACUCCAAACCAGACAUAAAGCAGCUCUGGCAAGUCUCGUACACAUCUUUGCAAAAAGAGCUCCAUUUCCCACGCCUUUCUACAAUUCAGAUAUACAUUCUUCUCCUCAACUAUACACCUUUUGAUGCAGUGUGUGUCGAGAACCCCUUCGUUUGGUCCCUUGCCUCCUCGAUGCUGGCUAUGUCGCAAUCCCUGGGGCUAAAUGUUGAUCCGAAGGGUUGGAAAUUACCAGAUUGGGAGAUAAGGUUGAGAAGGAGACUGUGGUGGGCUGUUUAUGUAGAAUAUACUUGGCGGGCUGUAACGCAUGGGCGGUGUUCCAUGCUUUCGGACGACGAUUGGAACGUGGCACCUUUGACAGAGGAGGAUUUCCUGUUUGAUGCGACAGCUCACGUGCCUGACUAUGCGCAGGCUUUGUCUUAUGAUUACUUCGUCCAGCUUUGCUCACUCACGGAGAUAACAAGCCAGAUCUGUCGACAAUUCUUCUCAUUACGGGCCGUGUCGCGUCCGCAGGUCCUUGAGGAUCUUCUUGAACAAGCCCGUCGUCCUCGUCAGCAGCUCUUGGAAUGGCUGCAAAGCCUCCCUGGAUCCCUGGUCCUCACGCCAAAACCCACUGACAUAGAAGCUGAUACUGACGACUCGAUCACAAGCCAUAGAUCCCUCUAUGUCGCUUACUACACUGCUCAUAUCCUGAUCUUGCGCGCUCUUCUCCGACCUAUAAUCGACAAGAACACAUCUCUUGACCAUCAUGCACAGGAAACAGUUUUACAGUCGUGUCGCGGUCUCAUACAAACAGUCAUCAAGUUUAUACGUGGACUGGAUGCAAGACACCAGUCUGCCUUUUGGCCAGCUUAUACGAGGAACUGUCUCGCGUAUCCUGGUUUGUUUUGUUAUAUGCUCUGUUUGCAGAAGAGACAGCCGGAAAUGUCGUCGUAUGACCAGAAUCUGCUUGCGACAUGGAGAAGAACUUUGAGGACUAGAAUGCAGUCCUGGCCGUUUUUGCGGUUCGCUAUCGUCAAGGUUGACGCCAUCUAUUGGAAGAAGCUGUAUUAG